GUAGGAAACUGCUGCUGCUGAGGCUGAGGGGAGGGAGGACCUGAGUCCGGAGGGAGGAGCCAGGGAGCCCGGUCUCUGGGCCAUGUCUUCAUUUCCCUGGGUGUGGUUACUAGCUAGGAGUCUGGAGACCUUAGUGUUCCGUUAGCCGGAGAGAGGAGCGCCCACAUUGCUGCACACAGAGCACAGACAGCAGCCCGGAGGAGACCCGUUACAUAGCUCGCACGCCGGCCCUGUAUGGAGAGGAGCUGAGAUCUGCACCAGACAAGUUACAGAGAACUCGCAAGCAGCUGCCACGAUGCCAAAAACAACCAGCGUACGUGUGACCACAAUGGAUGCGGAACUGGAGUUCGCAAUCCAACCAAACACCACCGGAAAACAGCUCUUUGAUCAAGUUGUGAAAACAAUCGGCCUUCGGGAAGUGUGGUAUUUUGGGCUUCAGUAUCAGGACACAAAGGGCUUCUCAACGUGGUUAAAGCUCAACAAAAAGGUGACUGCUCAGGAUGUACGGAAGGAUAGUCCAAUGCUUUUCAAGUUCCGUGCCAAAUUUUACCCAGAGGAUGUGUCUGAGGAGUUGAUCCAGGAUAUAACCCAGCGUCUAUUCUUUCUGCAAGUAAAGGAAGGAAUCCUGAAUGAUGACAUCUACUGUCCCCCAGAAACUGCAGUACUCCUAGCUUCUUAUGCUGUUCAGGCCAAAUAUGGUGAUUUUAACAAGGACGUGCAAAAGCCAGGCUAUUUGUCCCAGGACAAAAUUCUUCCACAGAGAGUUCUAGAGCAGCACAAACUUUCUAAAGACCAAUGGGAGGACAGAAUCCAUGUCUGGCAUGAAGAACAUAGGGGCAUGCUAAGGGAGGAUGCUAUUCUAGAGUACCUGAAAAUUGCCCAGGAUUUGGAGAUGUAUGGAGUUAACUACUUUAGCAUUAAGAAUAAGAAGGGUUCAGAACUCUGGCUUGGAGUGGAUGCUUUGGGACUGAACAUUUAUGAACAGAACGACAGAUUGACUCCAAAGAUUGGUUUCCCUUGGAGUGAGAUCAGGAAUAUCUCAUUCAAUGACAAGAAGUUUGUUAUCAAACCUAUUGACAAGAAAGCACCAGACUUUGUAUUCUAUGCCCCCCGGUUACGAAUCAACAAGCGAAUUUUGGCACUGUGCAUGGGGAACCAUGAGUUGUACAUGCGUCGCCGGAAGCCAGACACCAUUGAGGUGCAACAGAUGAAAGCUCAGGCCAGGGAGGAGAAGCACCAGAAGCAGAUGGAGAGGGCACUGCUGGAAAACGAGAAGAAGAAGAGAGAAUUGGCUGAGAAAGAGAAGGAAAAGAUUGAGCGAGAGAAGGAGGAGUUGAUGGAGAGACUGAGACAGAUAGAAGACCAGACAAAGAGAGCUCAGGAAGAGUUGGAGGAGCAGACACGAAAAUCCCUGGAGUUAGAGGCGGAGCGUAGAAAGGCACACGAGGAGGCUGACAGACUUGCCAGAGAGCGCCAGGCAGCUGAGGAAGCAAAGGAAGCCCUGUUGAAGCAAUCACAGGACCAACUGAAGAAUCACGAGCAACUAGCCGCAGAACUAGCGGAGCUGUCAAGUACAAUCGGCCAACUGGAACUUUCUAGAAAGAAGAAGGAAGCCGAAGCUGAAGAAUGGCAGAUAAAGGCCCAGACAGUGCAGCUUGACUUAGAGAAGACCAAGGAGGAACUUAAGCUGGUGAUGACCACUCCUCAUGUACAGGAGCCCAUGCAGUCAGAAAAUGAACAUGAUGAUGAGCAGGAUGAGAACUCUGCAGAGGCAAGUGCCGAGCUGAAAUCAGAAGCCACAAUCAAAGACCGGAGUGAGGAAGAUCGCACCACAGAGGCAGAGAAGAAUGAAAGGGUGCAGAAACACCUUCAGCUGUUAAGUUCUGAGCUGGCAAAUGCCAGGGAUGAGAACAAGAAGACAGCAAACGAUCUUCUGCACGCUGAAAAUGUGCGCGCUGGGAGAGAUAAGUACAAGACACUUCGCCAGAUCCGUCAAGGCAACACCAAGCAGCGUAUAGAUGAAUUUGAGUCCAUGUAACACCUGCUUUUUUUUUUUGUCUAUUUCUCACAUUGAUCUUCCUUUCCAUGGCUCAGCUGGAACAACUGUUACCACUUUGAUGAGGCAGGGUUUGAUGCAAUACAAUCAUAAGCUUUUAGUCUUUCCAAUCUUCCUCUUGUGCAGGAAGACUGCUCCAUCCUCCUACACUCUGCUGUUCCAGAGACACCACAGAAAGCUCUAGAUUUCUCCAGCAGUUUUGAAGAUUUAAAAAUGUUUCCCAAAAAGGUCUCCUCCUAACAAGCUUCUGCCAUAACAUGGAGCUUUAUGUGCCUAAUAUAUUUUCAAUUUAUUAAGACAAACUUUUAAAUGCAGUAUGCUGUUGUCUAUUUCUUGCACUGGUUUAAUGGAACUGUACAGUCCUACCACUGUAGUGUGUGCGAUGACUUGGUAUUGUCUGCACAUUCUGUUUGUUUUCUACCUUACAUUUCCUAUUAGAAUUAGUGGAGCAAGUCUGUCAUUUGUGGCGUCUGACAGAAGCAUAUUGUAGCAAUUCUGGAAUCAUUUCUAUUUAUUUAUUUUUGAAGACCAACAACUGAUCUAUUAAGAGUUUGCUUCAAACAGAUUAUUUAAAUGUUUAGAAGUAGAAAAUGUUUUUUAUAUCUGAUCACCAAACGUGCCUCAGAUUAUGUGUAGUAUACAUUGACCAUUAGACCCAUACUUACCUAAAUUGCACACGUGCUUGAUUUGCCAAGAUGUAAAGUCUGUCUUUACUUUCUUGUCUGUAAAUCUGGGACAUAUAGGAAAUCCUCUACAAAUGUCCAUUCUUCACUGCUGGAAAGUAUUUGUUUGAACAUAAUUUUUUGCCUUGGUGGUUGCAGUUCCAUGCUGGCAUUUCCUCUCCUCCCUGUACCAGUAUUAUAUAUUAAAUAUUUUUUUCUAGCUAUGCACAGUUUAGUGAAGUAGUAGAGAAGAAGAGGCAAAACUGCCUUUGGGAAGACAAAGAAACAACUAUAUACUGUAUUAUAAAAGAUUAUUUUGAAACUUGUGUAAUGCUCAAAGAGCUUUCAGUAUUAAGGGCAUACUUCUAGUAUUAUUUGACACACAUUUGCUCAUUAACCCCGUCAUCCAUGGCUGUAUGGGGAUUUUCCCAAGCAAAAGUGUUAAUGUUUUUUUUUUUUUUCUAAACUAUAGUCUAUUGCUGUAAAUUAUAUUGAUGGGGUUUGUAACAGCACAUAGGAACAUUUGUUUUAUUAUAAUUUCCUUUCUAACUAAACCAGUGCAGAUUCCCUGUUAAAAUCUAUUUGUCAUGUUUAGUUAUUGUUUUCCUUUUUUGUGAUCUGAACUUGUUCUGUUCUUCCAGUGCCAAUAAAAUAUAGAUCAUUUGAAUCUUU